AUGGAUGCCAUAUCCACCCCCGUGAUCAGUGUUCCUAAGAUUCAUCAUCGCCUUUACCACCUCAAACCUCCCCUUGUUCUUCCCCAACCCCAUGGCUACAUCUCUACUGCUACGACUACGGCCGCCACCGCCACUUCGAUAUCAAAUAAAACCACUCCCUCCUAUUCCUGCCGCCACAACCAAAAGCUCACCCCAACCCAGCUUCCAUCUACCUCUCAACCUCAACCAACUAUAUCCCCUACUAUCCACCAGAACGCCGCUACUGGCUACGCAGCCGCACUCAUAGACGCCGCACUCUGCAGUAAUUCGCUAGAUGCAGUUCAUAAAGAUGUGAAAAGAUUGUUAAAAUGGCUGCAGUCUAACCAGAUGUUGAAGGAUAUGAUGACAGACGCAACUAUGGAAGAAAUUGUAAAGGGGAGAGUGAUAAAGGAAGUAUCCAAGAAAGCCAAGUUCCAACGCCAGGUGGUGACACUGUUAAAGAUGUUGGUGGCCAAGAAUAAAUCAGGGAUGGUGGCACAAGUGAUGGAGGAGUUCCAAAGGAUUUACCUUGACCUGAAUACCUGCAGUUUUAAGCUGGUUGUUUAA